AACCCAUUUCUCCACUUUCACCUGCCUCCCAAUCGCUCUAGGGUUUAUCUCUCUCUUCACUCUUUCUUCACUCCCAAAUCCACCGGAGGUUAAAGAGACGGCACUGUUUCGCUGUCCGCCUUGACCGAGCAACCCGCUUCGUCUUGGCCCUCGAUUUUGCCCACUGUAAAAUUUUGUAUCUUUACUCCUAACUCUUCUUCCUUCCCGAAAUGGCGGUGAAACCCUCCAAGGCCGACAAGAAGAUCGCGUACGACGCUAAGCUAUGCCAGCUAUUAGACGAGUACACCCAGAUCCUGAUCGCGGCUGCCGACAACGUGGGUUCGAACCAGCUCCAGAACAUCCGCAAAGGUCUCCGUGGUGACUCUGUUGUUCUCAUGGGUAAGAAUACCAUGAUGAAAAGGUCCAUUAGGAUGCACGCUGAGAAGACCGGGAAUACGGCUUUCCUUAACCUCAUCCCUUUGCUCCAGGGAAAUGUGGGAUUGAUCUUUACUAAGGGUGACUUGAAGGAAGUUAGCGAGGAGGUUGCCAAGUACAAGGUUGGAGCCCCUGCUCGUGUUGGUCUGGUUGCACCUAUUGAUGUUGUUGUCCCACCUGGCAACACCGGGCUUGAUCCAUCACAGACCUCCUUCUUCCAGGUGCUCAAUAUUCCUACCAAGAUUAACAAGGGUACUGUCGAAAUUAUCACCCCUGUGGAGCUUAUCAAGAAAGGUGACAAGGUUGGGUCUUCUGAGGCUGCACUUCUGGCCAAGCUUGGAAUUAGGCCCUUCUCAUAUGGUCUUGUUGUCCUGUCUGUUUAUGACAAUGGCUCAGUCUUUAGCCCUGAGGUAUUGGAUCUUACUGAGGAUGACCUGGUUGAGAAAUUUGCUGCUGGUGUCUCCAUGGUUACUGCAUUGUCCCUUGCCAUCUCAUACCCAACCCUUGCUGCUGCACCACACAUGUUCAUCAAUGCCUACAAGAAUGUCUUGGCUCUUGCUAUUGCGACAGAGUAUUCAUUCCCACAGGCUGACAAAGUGAAGGAAUACUUGGCGGAUCCAAGUAAGUUUGCAGUUGCUGCCGCCCCUGUUGCAGCUGAUGCUGGUGCUGCCCCUGCUGCCGCUGCUGCUGUGGAGGAGAAGAAACCAGAACCUGAAGAAGAGUCUGAUGACGAUAUGGGAUUCAGUCUCUUUGACUAAGUUCUUUAUCAUCAACUGCUUGGAUUUGUUUUGCUUAGUUUCUUUUUUAUGUGUACUUUGAUUUGUUAAUGUUUGGAGAAUUCAUAAGUUUAUGAACGUUUUAAUUUAGUUUUAUUGUCUGUUA